GACAUCCCGCCUUAAAGACCCUCGUUCGCGCAACCUCGCAACAUCACAAGUGACUCUCUCACCAUCUUCCUAUAAACACAACUCCUCUUCUCGUUAAUCACCAUGGACGUCUACUACUUCUACACCUUCAGCACAGCGGGAUGGAUGGCUCUACAGGCGGCGCCGCUCAUUAUAUCCCCAACUAUCAUAGUCACAAUGCUCUCCCCCGAAGUCAGGGAGCCAUCUAUCCUCGAAGUCUAUUUCUCCCGUAGUCUAGGCUUCUCCCUCAUCACCAUUGGCAUCCUCGCUGUUCUCCUUACGGGCUCCGUCCCUUUGAGCUCCCGCCUCACAGAAGCCGGCGGAACCACAACCGACCCCUCCGACCCCAAAGCGCCAUAUGCUGUCCCCACACUCAUGGUCACGCUCAUCUUCCACGCCACAAUCGCCUUUUAUACCUACGCCUUGUGGACGCAGACGGGCGUCACGUCGUUUGCCCUCGGGACUACGUUCAGUGCUUUCCUCGCUGUGGUCGGGGGCUGGGUUAUUCUAUUUGGAAGUAGUAGUGGGAGGAUCUCGAGGAAAACGGGGGCGGACAAGAGGACGAGUGGCUUCCCGUUCAAGAAUGCAGAAGCGUCGAAGAGGCACGUGAAGAAGGCGUUGUGAAAGCGAGAUAGGUAGGUAAUCGGUUAGCGGUGGAAUUGGAG